ACAAAUAUGGCGGUCGACAAAGUGGACAUGCAAAACCCUGAUGAUAUUGAAAACACUUCCGACUGUUGUUUUCAUGAAGAAUUUAAAGAUUUAGCCGAAGUAAAAGAUUUAAUUUCCAAACUUCCCGAUAUCUACAAUGAUCAGACAAAACGGGAACUGUCAUUUGAGAGAAUUACACAAAUUGUUGAUUAUUAUCAAGCACAACCGCACCUGAUAGAUCCUCAUAUUGAAUUGAUAUUGACAGACUUACUCAAAAUAACAAGAAGCAAUGAUAGUCCAACAGAAUUAAUAAAUGAGGCAUUUAAGUAUGUCUAUCUUAUAACAAAGAUGAGAGGUUAUAAAGUUAUAGUCCGUUUUUUACCACAUGAAGUAGCAGAUGUUGAACCUGUUAUGGCGUUACUAGUCAAACAAGAUCCUACAGAUUUUACGUGCUGGGAAACAAGAUAUAUUAUUUUACUCUGGAUGUCCAUGUUAUGUAAAAUACCAUUUGAUUUAACCAGACUUGAUGCCUCUGGAAAAGCUGGUCAGAAAGAACCUAUUAUGGACAGAAUUUACAAACUAGGACAGAGUUACUUGACUGUUAAUGAUAAAUCAAGAGAUGCUGCAGCCUUUAUGAUGAGUCAGUUUGUCACCCGACCAGAUGUCAGUAAAGUCAAAUUAUCCCCGUUUCUAGACUGGGCACUUCAAACUUUACGUGAAGCUGAUUGUGAAACUAUGUUGGGUAUAAACAAAGCUUGUGGUGUUUUAUCUACUAUAGCUUUAUUAUAUAAACAUGGAAAAAGAGAAGAUGUCUUACAAUAUGCCCCCAAAGUUCUUGAUGGAAUAAGUGAAUGUAAUUUAAAAGAAAAAGAAAAUUCAAUUCUGCGGAAGAUAGCAAUUAAAGUGACUCAAAGAUUAGGCCUCACAUUCCUGAAGACACAAGUUAUAUCCUGGAGAUAUAAUCGUGGAAAUCGAAGUUUAGCCAGUAAUUUACAGUCAAAUAAAGACGAUACAGUAGUUAAUAAACAGGUAAAUACUAUACAGGAUGACGAGGGACAUGAAGAUAUACCAGAAUCUAUUGAAGAAAUAUUAGGUGAAUUAUUAGAAGGACUGCGAGAUAGAGAUACUAUUGUCAGAUGGUCAGCAGCUAAAGGUAUUGGUCGUGUAACUGGGCGAUUACCUAGAAGUUUAGCUGAUGAAGUUGUAGAAUCUGUUUUACAAUUAUUUACGUUACAGGAAACAGAUGGAGCAUGGCAUGGAGGUUGCCUAGCAAUAGCUGAAUUAGGUAGAAGAGGAUUAUUAUUACCAGAAAGAUUACCUACAGUUGUACCAGUAGUGUUAAAAGCUCUAGCAUAUGAUGAAAGAAAAGGUAAUUUCUCUGUUGGGUCACAUGUUAGAGAUGCUGCCUGUUAUGUCUGCUGGGCUUUUGCUAGAGCUUAUGAACCUGAAGAAAUCAAACCUUUUGUUAACAGAAUUGCUAAUGGGCUGAUUAUAGCAACUAUAUUUGAUAGAGAAGUUAAUGUCAGGAAAGCAGCUUCUGCAGCAUUUCAAGAAAAUGUGGGAAGACAGGGCAUAUUUCCACAUGGCAUAGAUAUAGUUACAACAGCAGAUUAUUUUGUAGUUGGUAAUAGAUCACAGUGCUAUCUAGAAAUAAGUGUAUACAUAGCUCAAUUUGAAGAAUAUACAGAAAGUUUAGUUAAUCAUCUGGUGAAUGUUAAAAUAUCACAUUGGGACAGUGCAAUAAGGGAGUUAUCUGCUGAAGCUCUCUACAAUUUAACAGCUACAUGUCCACAAUAUAUGAUUAAAACUGCUUUACCAACUAUAUUAAGUAGAACAACUAGUAUAGAUUUAUUUAUGAGACAUGGUGCAGUAUUAUCAGCAGCUUAUAUUACACAUGCAUUAUAUAAUUAUGCUCUUCAGAACAAACAAAAAAUUCAGGAUAUUUUAGAUAAAACAAUAUUAGAUGAAUUAGCUGACAUUGCUUCAAAGUUACAGAAUGCCAAUCUAUUUAAAGGCUUAGGAGGUGAAUUAAUGAGAAAAGCAGUUUGUUGUUUAAUAAACAAGUUAUCCAUAUCUAAAAUACCUGUACAUGGUAAACCUGUUGUAGAUUUAUGGCAGGACAUUAUAGAUGAUUGUUUGUUACAUGUAGAACCAGAAGUUCAGGCAUCUGCUGUUGAUGCUCUACCGACUAUGAUAAGUGAAUACUAUACCAGGGAAGAAAUUAUACUACAGCAGAAACAAGGUGAAAUUAUUAAAAGGUACUUAAAUUAUUUGAAAUCAAGUACUCAAACCAUAAGAUGUGGUUUUAGUUUAGCAUUAGGAUCUUUACCUAAAGCCAUGUUAAAUGGACGUCUCAGAGCUGUACUGGAUGGUUUAAUUAAAACUAGUCAGAUAGUGCCAGGACAGGAAGCAAUGGCUGAAUCUAGACGAGAUGCAAUAAAGGCCAUUACAAGUUUAUGCAAAACUGUGGGUGUAGAAGAAAAUGGAAGUUGUGAUAGUGUUUUAACAAAAGAUAACAUACCACAGAUAUAUGAAGCUUUCCUGGCAGCCAUGUUAGAUUAUACCCUUGAUAGCCGUGGAGAUGUAGGAGCAUGGGUGAGAGAAGCUAGUAUGUCAGGAUUAUUAGAAUUAACAAUAUUAGUUGUAAAUACUGCUCCGAAUUUAAUAACUACAAACAUAUGUGAAAAGAUGGUUGGAUGUUUAGUUCAGCAAUGUUGUGAAAAGAUUGACAGAACAAGAGCUCAUGCUGGAAAUAUAUUUUAUCAACUUCUUUAUCUUGCUCCUAGUGUUCCUAACAUUCCUCACAAAGAAUUUUUGUUGAAAGUCUUUUCUCAAUCCAACUUUAAUGCAACUGGACUAGACCAAAUUAACUGGGCUGCUCCGUCUGUUACGUUUCCAUUGUUUAUAAAGUUACUUGAAGUACCUGUCUAUACAUAUAGAGUAUUAGUAGGUACAUGUGUGAGUGUAGGUGGCCUAACAGAAUCAUUGGUACAGAAUUCCAGUCAGGCAUUAUUUCACUAUAUAAACUCAAUUGAAAAAGAUCAAAGUAAAUUAAAACAUUUCUGUGAUACUUUGUUACAAAUCUACUCUGAUUAUCUAAAAGUCAAUAGAGUAUCAAUACCAUUAUUAAAGAUGACAGAUCAGUUAUUAUCCCGUGCUUCUUUAGAUAAAUACCUAUAUUCUGAAGGCUGUACUAUGUCUGUGUCUUUAUGUGAAUGUGUAAAGAGAGAAAUACAAAGGUCUGCUGAUCCACAGAAGUUAAUGGCCAGUGCUGAUGUAUUUUGUGGAUUGCUUCCAUUUCAAGAAGCUAGGAAGAAAGUUUUGUUUCAACUUAUGGUUUUCUUAUGCCACAGAUAUCCGAGGGUUCGGAAGACUACAGCAAAUAAAUUAUAUGAAGCUUUAUUAAUGUAUGAUGAUGUCAUCUCAGAUGAGAUUAUUGAAGAAGUACAAACAACACUCUGUGAUACUGACUGGGAUUUACCUGUAGAUCAGCUCCGUCCUAUAAGAAAUAAUCUAUGUGAUUUGAUGGGUGUCAAUAUACCUGUUAUAAAGGGUCAGACAGCUGGUACUUCCUGAAAUCAUCAAGAUGAAAACUUUAUCUUCUAUUAUAAGUCAAUAAAUUGUGAUUGCAUUUUCAGUAACUAUAAGACAAAUAUUACAAUAUUUAUGUCGUAAGCCUGGAAAUAUCAACAUUCAAUUCUUAUUUAUAAACUUUUAUCUGCCUUUAAAAAUGCACAUUAUUUUUAGAAUGAGCUGAUAAAGAGGGCAUAGGGUUGUUUUAGAGUUGGCUAUUCAAAUACUCAGGCAACCAGUGGUUUAAGUACAACUAGAGUUAAUUCACAUCAUGAAUUCCAUGAAGCUUUAUAACCCAAUGUGCUGUUUAAUAUAUUACACUUUAAAUUGUGUAGAAUUAUGUGAUGCAUAUUAAAAGUGCUAUAAAAAUAAACUUUGCUUUUGUAGAGUUUUUCACUCUAUUUAUUUAUGUACAAUAAAACAAACAAACAUAA